UUAAAAUCUUUAUAGGAUUACUGUAUAUUAUGGGAUGAGAGUUGUGGUUUUAUAUUAAAAUUGUCUUAAGUCAGUUGAUAACUUUAGUUGAUAAUGUAUUUUUGCACUGAAAAAAACUUUUUUUUACUAUAUUUUCUUUUAGUGAUAACUGGCUUUAUUUAAGUUGAUAGCCUAAAGUGGGUGUAUAUGUUUACAAAAUGCAUAUGGAAACUUGAUAUUGUGAAAUCAAACCUCAGAUAUUUUUGUUUGAAGCACUCAACUUUAUAAGUUUUUACAAUGAGACCUUUUCUUUUGUAAAACAUUUUUGUGCUUCAUUCUUAAAUGAAAAUGCCACUUGGGAUUAUUCUAGUUUAGAGAUAAAGAUUUUUCUUCUGAUAUGUGGCAUAGCAUAGGUGAGACAUAAUUAUAUUUUAAAAUAUUAGUGAUAUCAUUCCCAUUCAUUAUUUUUCUGUAGGUGGAUAAAAUUUUUCUAUUAGAAAAUUUUAAAAUUCCUGACUUUUAAGAAUACUGUGGAGGUUGUUGAAAUACAUUUUUGAUGAUAAUAAAAUGAAAAUCCUUUAAGGGACCAUGUACAUAUUGAAGUUGGAUUAGUACAUAAAUUAUUUUUAUACAUUUUCGAAACCAUUUGUCCUAAAUGCACACUUUGAAAUAAAUAUAUAGAAAGUGUUUUCAAGUAUGGUUGCAUGCUGUUUGAAUAGAUAAUUUUAUCAGACCUCUUUAGCUUUUUCUUAUGUAAGUAAUAAAAUGUGUUUUCCUCUGAUACUGACAGUGUAUGUGCUACCGUGACCAAGUUUCAGCAGUGUCAGACCAAAUCCGAGCUCUUCUAGGCAGUAGAACAAGUAUGUAAUUCAUCCCUGAAAGCAGUGGUCCUCAACUAGCAAUCAGAAUCGCUAGGGGAAUUUUUUUCAGAACAGAUGCCGUGGCUUCAAUCCAGACAUGGUCAGUUAGUCUCAGAGGGAUGACAUUUUGGGACUGUGUAUUUUUAAACAAGUCCCCAGGUGAUUUUGAUGUGUUACUUUUACUUGAGAACUAUUGCCUUGGGGGAAGAACUCAAUAGAAUGGAAAGAAUUACUAAUGCUAAGGAUAGCACCUGACCAAUGUGAAUUUAUAUUUUAUAGUUUCUCGUAAUCAGAAAUACCAAGGAAAAUUGCUAAUUAGGAAUUAUAGUCUUGCAUAAGAGGAUGCUGAUACUGUUUCAUUAGUAUUUCUUGCAGAAAAAAAUAGGAUCUAAAAUGUUAGUUCUUAAUGAAAAUAAAAUAGCUGGCCUUUUCCUAGUAAAGACCUACUUUCUCUGGCAGCUACUUCAGAGUGCUUUUUAUAAUUUUUCUUUUUUGUAUUUCUUGUUUCAGUUUAUUUUCAGAAUGACAUUCCAAUAUUUUUAGCUGUGUAUGAUGUUUUUAUAUCCACUGUUUUGGUGGGAAAUCUUAAGCUAGAAUUAUGUUUUCCUUAUUCUUGACCAAACACUUUUUUUUGUGAUGCCUUCAGGUUUUGUUUUUAAUUGUGUAUUUCAGUGUAUAUCAUACUGAUGCUUACGAGAUGAUAUAAAUUAGGUUAUAUUUUAUGGUCAGUUUUAAAGUUUAAAUUACCCCAACUGCUGAUUUUGUUUUCCUAGUCUUACACCUUGACAAAACAUUUUAGUACUUUUGCAAAAUUACUGUAUGACUCAUCAACUAGAUUAUAUAUGGGCCCUCUCCAACUUAGAAGUGAAUUGUAUUCUAUGAGUUUGGAACUGACAAAAUUCCUGAUAGAUUAAGUGUUAAUGCAAGUGUACCCACUUUGCACGCGAAUCCACAAAUAUUUAUGUAACUCAUAUUAAAGUUGAACAGUGGUACUAUUAUUUUACCAUCUUUUAGAACAGAUUUUCAAGUGGAAAUGUAAUACUUUUAAGCCAUUAAAAGUAGAUUUUGUAGUGAACUAGAUUUCCCUUUGUUGGCUCAUUAGGAUUGUAACUACCAUUUAUAAGAUUAUUUCUUUAGGGACAAUCCUAUAUUGCAGGAUGAUAGGAAAGGCAACAAUUUUUAAAUAGGUCUCCCUGCCAUUGUCAUGGCUCCUGGUCCAUCAGGCAAGUACAUGACAUGUACUUGGCUUUGUUGAGUAAGGAAUUGUCAGUCUCUGAGAUUCAGAGCGGAGCCGAGAAGACCCUUUGCCCUUUCCACCCUUGGCCUUUGGCCCUUGAUAAAGCGACCAGUGCCUGUUUAUGGAUACACCUCAGUGACGAUGAUUUGCUCGCACUAAAUGCGUACUCUGCACCAACUGCCCGUUUUUGACUGCUGUUUGGUAGCUCAGGAAAAUCAGUAGAUUCCCAGUCAUCUCACAGUGAAUCUGAAAUUGUGCCAAAAGUUGCUAAAAUGACCGUGUCCGGAAAGAAGCAAACUAUGGGAUUUGAAGUGCCUGGAGUAACUGAAGAAAAUGGUCAUAGUUUCCACACGCCUCAAAAAGGACAUCUUAGUGAAGAAACCGGCAUUGCUCCUUCUGAUGUUCUUGACACUGUUUCUAAAUCAGUUCUUCCAUCCCACACCAUUCAAACAUCAGAAGAGCAGAGUUCAGCACCAGCACCAGUGAAAAAGUCCGGCAAGCUGAGGCAGCAAAUAGAUGUGAAAGCGGAACUGGAGAAGCGGCAAGGAGGGAAGCAGCUCCUCAACUUGGUAGUCAUUGGUCAUGUUGAUGCUGGGAAAAGUACUCUGAUGGGCCAUAUGCUUUAUCUCCUGGGUAAUGUAAACAAAAGAACUAUGCAUAAGUAUGAACAGGAGUCUAAAAAGGCUGGCAAAGCUUCGUUUGCAUAUGCAUGGGUCUUGGAUGAGACUGGCGAAGAAAGGGAAAGGGGAGUAACAAUGGAUGUUGGUAUGACAAAGUUUGAGACCACAACCAAAGUUAUUACACUAAUGGAUGCUCCAGGCCAUAAGGAUUUCAUUCCAAAUAUGAUUACAGGAGCAGCCCAGGCGGAUGUAGCCAUUUUAGUUGUAGACGCCAGCAGGGGAGAGUUUGAAGCUGGAUUUGAGACGGGGGGACAGACACGAGAACAUGGCCUCUUGGUUCGUUCUCUUGGAGUAACUCAGCUUGCGGUUGCAGUCAAUAAGAUGGAUCAGGUUAAUUGGCAACAAGAAAGGUUUCAAGAGAUUACUGGAAAACUUGGGCACUUUCUUAAACAAGCAGGUUUUAAGGAGAGUGAUGUAGCUUUCAUCCCUACAAGUGGUCUCAGUGGUGAAAAUCUGAUCACAAGAUCUCAAUCAAGUGAACUCACAAAAUGGUAUAAAGGACUAUGUUUAUUAGAACAAAUUGAUUCCUUCAAGCCGCCUCAGAGAUCUGUGGAUAAGCCUUUUAGAUUAUGUGUAUCUGAUGUUUUCAAAGAUCAAGGAUCUGGAUUUUGUGUAACUGGUAAAAUUGAAGCUGGCUAUAUCCAGACUGGUGACCGACUACUAGCAAUGCCUCCUAAUGAAACUUGUACUGCAAAAGGAAUCACUCUGCAUGAUGAACCUGUUGAUUGGGCGGCGGCAGGUGAUCAUGUUAGUCUUACGCUGGUUGGCAUGGAUAUCAUCAAGAUCAAUGUUGGCUGCAUAUUCUGUGGCCCCAAAGAACCCAUUAAAGCUUGCACUCGUUUCAGAGCUCGGAUCCUCAUCUUUAAUAUUGAAAUUCCUAUCACUAAAGGAUUUCCUGUGCUGUUACACUACCAGACUGUCAGUGAGCCUGCCGUUAUUAAACGAUUGAUUAGCGUCUUAAACAAAAGCACGGGUGAAGUCACAAAGAAGAAGCCAAAAUUGUUGACCAAAGGCCAGAACGCCUUGGUGGAGCUGCAGACGCAACGGCCGGUGGCACUGGAGCUGUACAAAGACUUUAAGGAGCUGGGGAGGUUCAUGCUGCGCUACGGCGGCUCCACCAUCGCCGCGGGCGUGGUCACCGAGAUAAAAGAAUGAUGGGUCAGAAUUUCUACCAUGUUUCCAAAUGCAGUGAAAUAGCUAACCUCUGUUUUAAAGAAUCCAGUUGUUCAGUUAAAGGAACAAUGUGCAAUUGAUAUUUUUUUAAAUGAGAGAGAAACUUAAAAUGAUAUAAUCAACUACAAAGAAGUAUUAAUCAGCACUCCUGCAAAAAUUUCAAGUUGCCAAAUGGCAAAGAAAGGCUAAUAUUGCACUUUCAUUUAAGAAAACAACUUUCCCUUUGAAAUGUUAGUGAAUGGAUUUACUUUGCUGAGGUUUAUGGAAACUAUCAGAAAUAUGUAUUAGAAGACGUUCAGUCAUCAUGAAAUGAACUCUACUUCCAGCCAAACCACAAAAUGUUUACAGUGUUCUCUUUUGAUUUUCAACUCUCCUGCGCACAUUUUGAUGGAAAAUAAACUAAAUUGGUUGUUGAGGUAGUUAAUAUUUGACCUGAGCAAUUUUUUUUUAGUUAACUCUAAGAAAAGAUUUGCUGAAAGUUAUAAAAGAGGUAUUUUGUGUUGAGCAUAAGAAUGUUCUUCCUCCAACAAUGAACUUUUGAAAGCUUGGUUUGGAAUUAGUGGAACUGUGCCUGUAGGUAACCAAGAGAUUAUUUAAGGUGUAAAGCCAGCUAAUAAAUUGCCUUAGUUUGAGCAUAA